UAUAAACGUAAAAAGGCGUUAUGUAACCACAGAACAUCUAUUAGAACCUACAGCUAUCUCAGCGGUUAGGCCGAUUUUGGUAUAGUUUGUUUUUGAUACCCGCAUAACAGUAGAAGUAGAAGUACCGUUAACCGGUUAACGGUUAAGCUUCUAUUAUGAAAUAACCUGUUGACACAAGUUGAUGAAUAUAGAAAAGCCUGUUAUUUUUGUCUAUCACUACGCAUGCUUUGUGCUGUCGAGGAAAAGGCGGGAAACAAGUGAGGUUAUUUUGUUUUUAACUUUUUGAGAUGUGAAUAAAAGAAAGUAGUCUGAAAGUUCUCUUUUAUUGAAUAAAGUAUACAAACAAAAUGGUGUUACAAAAUACAGGAAAAUUUCGAGCUGAUAGGGCUGAAAAACCCACAAAAGGCAAUGUCCAAGGAAAUAGAGAAGAAACUUCGGAGUUCCGUCUUAGGCAAGCUAUUGAAAACGAUGCAAUUGAUCUCAGAUAUGGCUUUGAUCGGAUCAAAGACCACCAAGAGAGGACUGGAUUUAUGUUGAAUAUGCAUGCAACUGAAAUACUGGAUGAAGACAAAAGGUUAGUUGCAGCUGUGGAUUACUAUUUCAUGGAAGAAGAUGGUGCACGUUUCAAAGUGUCUUAUCCUUUCAUGCCAUACUUCUACGUUUUGACAAAGAGAGAAUUAAUACAGGAGGUGUCGGAGUUCUUGACAAAAAAGUUUUCUGGCACAAUCGCCAAAAUUGAAACGGUUACUAAGGAGGAUUUGGAUCUGGCAAACCAUCUAAUAGGCUUGAAACAGAAAUACAUCAAACUGUCAUUUGUUAAUCAGACAGACAUGAUAAAAGUACGCAAAGACAUAUUGAAGGUAGUUAGGAAAAAUAGGAAGAAAGAAGAUAGUAAUGCCUAUUACACUGAAAUGUUAGCACAGACUUUAGCAACAACUUCUGAAAAUGUUGUUCAUAAGAUCGACACUGAUCAGAUGGAGAACAUUCUGGAUAUCAGAGAAUAUGAUGUCCCCUACCAUGUGAGAGUCUCCAUAGACCUCAAAAUCUUCUGUGGCUCUUGGUAUACAGUAAAAACUAAGGCCAAAGAAACCUUGCCAGUGAUUUGUCCGAGAAGUGACAUCAUCGAAAGACCCGAGCCAAUAGUAUUGGCGUUUGAUAUCGAAACAACCAAACUGCCAUUGAAGUUUCCAGAUGCUGCGACUGAUCAGAUUAUGAUGAUUUCAUAUAUGAUAGAUGGACAAGGUUACCUUAUAACAAACCGAGAAAUCAUAUCGGCAGAUAUAGAGGAUUUUGAAUAUACACCAAAACCGGAAUUUGAAGGGAAAUUCACCAUUUUCAACGAACCAAACGAAAUGAGUCUGAUUCAGAGAUUUUUCGACCAUAUUCUUGAAGUUAGGCCGCACGUUUUUGUUACGUACAACGGAGAUUUUUUCGAUUGGCCCUUUGUAGAAGCAAGAGCCGCCUCCUAUAAUUUGGACAUGAAACAGGAAAUUGGAUUUUCAAAGAACCGAGAAGGCGUGUAUUGCUGUAGACCAGCAAUGCAUAUGGAUUGCCUAUGUUGGGUAAAGAGAGACUCAUAUUUGCCUGUGGGCUCACAAAACUUGAAGGCUGUCGCUAAAGCGAAGUUAAGGUACGAUCCAGUAGAGUUGGACCCGGAGGAAAUGUGUCCACUGGCUGCUUCAGCACCGCAGGUUCUGUCGAAUUACUCUGUAUCAGAUGCUGUAGCCACGUAUUAUUUGUAUAUGCAGUAUGUCCAUCCCUUUAUUUUUGCUUUGUGCACCAUUAUCCCUUGUGAACCAGAUGAAGUGUUGAGAAAAGGAUCAGGUACGUUAUGUGAAGCCCUUCUAAUGGUCGAAGCAUUCCAUGCAAACAUUAUUUUUCCAAACAAAGAAGAAUCAGAGUUUAACAAAUUAACUCACGACGGUCAUGUUUUGGUACAAGAAACUUAUGUUGGAGGACAUGUGGAAGCCUUAGAGUCUGGAGUUUUCAGGGCUGACAUCCCAUGCCGCUUUCGUAUUGUACCAGAAGCUGUACAGCAAUUGAUAGACAAUGUGCCUCGGACUUUGGAACAUGCUAUUGUGGUAGAGGAAGGGGUGCCUAUGGACAGUGUCACAAAUCUAGCAGAAGUUACCGAGGAAGUCAAGUCGAAACUUUUAGCAUUAAUGGACCAACCGCUGAGGCUGGAACGACCACUGAUCUAUCAUUUGGAUGUUGGCGCCAUGUAUCCUAACAUCAUCCUGACAAAUCGCUUGCAGCCCUGCGCUAUGGUAGACGAAACAAUGUGCGCCUCUUGCGAUUUUAACAAACCUGGAGCAUUGUGCCAAAGAAGCAUGGCUUGGAUGAUGCGAGAGGAAUACAUGCCGGCAUCCCGUAACGAGUAUCAACGAAUCCAACAACAAUUAGAAACUGAAAAAUUCCCUCCCGCCUUUCCCGGAGGCCCGCCAAGAGCGUUUCAUCAAUUGAGCAGGCAGGAACAGGCAGAUUUAGAAAAGAAACGGCUAUCGGUGUACUGCAGAAAAGUAUAUAAAAAACUGAAAUGCACCAGGAUAGAAGAAAGGAACACCACCAUAUGCCAAAGAGAGAAUUCCUUCUAUGUUGAUACUGUCAGAGCCUUCAGAGAUAGAAGGUACGAGUAUAAGGGUCUAUCGAAAAAGGCAAAGGCGGCUGUAGUAGCAGCCGUGAAAGGCGGAGAUGCAUCCGAAAUAAAAUCUGCCAAGAACAGAGAGGUGCUUUACGAUUCUUUGCAAUUGGCGCAUAAGUGUAUCUUGAACUCGUUCUAUGGAUACGUAAUGAGAAAAGGGUGAGUUG